GUUUUCAACUCUUCCACUUGCUUCCCUCUUCGAACCACAGCUCGAAACCGCCACCGAAAAGGGCCGACGCUCCGAAGAUGGAGCCAGCACCUCGAUUGCGAAGACGGCCGGCGGUGUAUGUCGGGCUCUCAGCUCUUUCCCAAGUUAUCUGUGAAUAUCCAAGUUGCUUGGCUAACGAUCCACAAAAAUGACAAUAGCUCCUGCAUUCUGUGCAGAAAGCGCAAAAUCAAAUGCGACAGAGAAACGCCAUGCGGCAACUGCACAAAAUCUGGAAAUGUCACCUGUGCUUACAGAGAUGCGCCGUCUCGGCCGCGAAAACUCGGCAUCCCUCGGGCCGCUGCAUCCUCAACCGCAACCGCAGUGCCCCCCUUGACGCCCUCCAGCACGAUUCUGGCGCCCACGGUGCCCACUGACAGCCGAACACUGCCCGCCGAGCCGUGGCUGUCGGCGGCUCCCAGCACGGCCCAAUCGCCGGCUUCGACUAUGACCAGGAACUCCCGAGUCGAGACUAAGACAGUCUGUCUGUCUAGGACGGUCUACUUCCAUGCUGAGCACCGCUCGGCAGAUCAGCCCGGUGCAAUCAUCCGUAGCAUCACACACAAGACACGCCUGUUUGGCCAAAGCCACUGGGCCAAUGUCAUGACAAACCUAUAUGAGAUCUUUGAAGUCAUGGAAUCUCACAAGGAAACGUCAAAAGCGUUUGUGACUGAAAAACGGUGCAAAACCCUCUCCAAAUACAUCAAAUCGCGUCGAGCACCCCCCUGGCCGUGCCCGCCAACACCUGAGCUCCCCAGGAAAGACAUUGCAGAUGCGCUCGUCGAGAGAUAUCUUCAAACCCACGAAGCCAUCUACCGGGUCCUCCACAUUCCCACCUUCAGGCGGGACUACGCGGCGGUUUGGGACCCUGGCGGCAACGUCGAUCCUAGCUUUCUCGUUCAGCUCAAGCUCGUCCUAGCCAUCGGCGCGGCAACCUACGACUCAACCUUCACCCUGCGCACCUCAGCUGUGAGAUGGGUGUACGAAGCGCAAACUUGGCUCUCAGCACCCGAGUUCAAGCACCAUCUAAACAUUCCCACCUUACAAACCAGCCUCCUGCUGCUCCUCGCCCGCGACGCGACAGGCAUAGGCGAGGAUAUGGUGUGGGCGUCGCUAGGGUCGACCAUACGCAUGGCCAUAUACAUGGGUCUGCACCGAGAUCCUGCAAGCCUGGGGCCUAGGACCAUCACACCGCUAACCGCCGAGUUGCGCAGGCGACUGUGGAACACUAUCCUAGAGAUGGCGGUACACUCAAGCCUCAAUUCGGGUGGCCCGCCAUUGGUUGGGCUUGCAGAUUUCGACACGGACCCGCCGGGCAACUUUGAUGAUGAGCAGCUGGAGGUGACGGACGAACCCGUGGCCGCAAAACCCCCAGAUCACUUCACCCAGACAACGGUAGCCAUCGCUUUGCGCGUCACUCUCCCGCAGCGAUUAGCUAUCGCAAAGUAUCUCAACGACCUCUCCUCGUGUGGCACGUACCCCGAAACGCUCCGACUUGAUGCCGAUCUCCGCACCGCGUACAAGACGCUCAGCCGAAUCUUGCAAACCUGCAAGACAACAGCGGCCCCCAGCGGCACCGGCCUCUCGCCGUCUGCUUUCCAAUUCCGCAUGCUGGAGCUCCUUCUCCAGCGUUACUUCAUGGCCCUCCACGUACCCUUCUUCGCUCUAUCCCUCUCGGACGCAACCUUUGCCUUCUCCCGGAAGGUAACGGUCGACUCGGCGCUGAAGCUGUGGCGCGCCGUGUUCCCCUCACCGCUGGAUCCUUCUUCAUGUUACCCCUCCCCUGAGGAUGAAAACGAUAUGCUCUGCCGCAUGGCGGUCUCCGGGUCGGGCUUUUUCCGCACUGUGGCCGUGCAAGCGUGUGUAGCAAUCGCCAUUGAGUUAAAGACCCAGCUGCGCGAGGAAGAAGGGAGCCUUGGGUCGGUUCAUAAGGUGCUGUUGGGAUCUGCUGGGGCGCUUACUUGUAGGCCGGAUUUGUCCGGUGUGCUGCACGAGUUCAAGGUUUGGUCGUGGAAGGCCAUCCUGGCCGGUGAGACCAAUGUAAAGGGGUAUCUUGUUGCUUGCAUGAUCGAUGCGCAGGUGGAAGGGCUGAGGAAAGGCUUGCGCGAUGGUGAGAUCGCAAGGCUCAUACUCGAGGCGGCUGAGAAGGCUGUGGAGGAGGGUGCAGCCUUCCUGGAGGGAGUUGUGGACACGCUGGGGAUGGAACAGGGUGGAGAUGGGGUAGGAGGUGUUGUCUUGCCCGAGUUAGGCUUGGAAGAUUGGGACUACAUGGACACAGAAGGCCUCCAAUUUGCAUCGAGCGUGCCGGAGCAUUUUGGCUGGGUAUUCCAGUGAGGGAUUGUUUCCCUAUCGCUGUGCUACUGCAACCCUCUCGACGGACUUUGCAAGUCGGCAACAGGGCAAGGGAGCUGAUAGCUGAGCUUCUCUGCUCUUGCCCGCACUCGCGUUA